UCCGGUGGCAAGUCGAGAGAACGCACGCGGACGAAGACGAGUUGCUAUCGAGUGUUAAUUUUGAUUUUUAAGGUGUUUAUAAGGAAUUAAGUAAACGUAAGUGCACAAAAUGUCAAACAACACAGCACCGGACAGUUGGGAAUCUCAAGCCGAUUCUACAUCGACCAAUAAUUCACCACAACAUAAUGCAGAUGUGACAGCUCCAUUUUCCACGUUGAAUGUGAAUGCUGUCGAAUUUGUGCCUUCAUUCUCAUUUGGAAAAGCGCCCGAAGUAGUCGAGAAACCGUCUCCAACAAACUCCCAAGGAUCUAGUAAUUCUCCCCAACACAAUCCCAUUUUAAACGGUACCAACACGGAAACGUCCGCCGAGCAGGUGGAAGUGAAAGAACCUCCGCCCAUCCCGCCUGCUGACGGAGAUGCAUCCCCCGGUGGGGAGGGGGGUACUUGGGAAGACGCGGCCGAUGAUGACAGCACAUCGGCCUCUGCCCCUCCAGCCACCACCCCGGAAGGAGAUGAUGAUGAAGAACCUUCAUCUGAGGAGGCCCCCAUUAAGAUAAAGAAGAAGCAACAGGUGAAAGAGAAGGUGGUGGAAGACAAGAAGGAACACGUCAAUGUCGUAUUCAUAGGGCACGUCGAUGCGGGUAAGAGUACCAUCGGAGGCCAGAUCAUGGCGUUGACGGGCAUGGUGGACAAGAGGACACUGGAAAAAUAUGAGAGGGAGGCGAGGGAGAAGAGUAGGGAGAGUUGGUAUCUCAGUUGGGCCCUGGACACCAAUCAAGAAGAAAGAGAUAAGGGUAAGACGGUGGAGGUGGGCCGUGCCUUCUUCGAAACUGACAAGAAGCACUUCACCAUCCUGGAUGCGCCCGGUCACAAAAGUUUCGUACCCAACAUGAUAGGGGGUGCUGCCCAAGCCGAUCUGGCUGUCUUGGUGAUCUCAGCGAGGAAAGGCGAGUUCGAAACGGGAUUCGACAGGGGCGGACAGACCAGGGAACACGCCAUGCUGGCCAAGACGGCUGGGGUCAAAUAUCUGGUGGUGCUGGUCAACAAGAUGGACGAUCCCACGGUAAAUUGGGAUGAGGCACGGUACAACGAGUGCAAGGACAAGAUCCUGCCAUAUCUCAAGAAGCUGGGCUUCAACUACAACAAGGAUCUGUUCUUCCUGCCAUGCUCGGGCCAGACCGGCCAGGGCCUAAAAGAUAAGGUGGACGAGAAGAUUUGCUCGUGGUACAAGGGCGAAGCCUUCAUCCCCUUCAUCGACAACCUGCCGUCCCUCAACAGGAAGCUGGACGGGCCUUUCAUCAUGCCCAUCGUGGACAAGUACAAGGAUAUGGGCACAGUGCUGAUGGGCAAGGUGGAGUCCGGAGAGUGCAAGAAGGGCCAGACCAUGCUCAUCAUGCCCAAUAGGACGCCCGUGACGGUGGAUAUGCUGCUAUCGGACGACGAUGAAGUUGGUAGGGUGGUGCCGGGCGAGAACGUCAAGAUUAAGGUAAAGGGUGUCGAAGAAGAGGAUGUGAGCCCCGGGUUUGUGCUGUGCGACUCCGUCAACCCCAUCCAUACAGGUCGCGUGUUUGACGCGCAGCUCGUCAUCCUGGAGCACAAGUCCAUCAUCUGCGCAGGUUAUAGUGCUGUUAUGCAUAUUCAUUGCGCUGCCGAGGAGGUCACCGUUAAAGCCUUAAUAUGCCUCGUCGACAAAAAGACGGGAGAGAAAAGCAAGACUCGCCCUAGGUUCGUGAAGCAGGACCAAGUAGCUAUUAUGAGAAUAGAGUGUGCGGGCGUCAUCUGCCUGGAGCCCUUCAAGUUCAUGCCUCAGAUGGGUCGGUUUACCCUCAGAGAUGAGAAUAGGACAAUUGCCAUCGGAAAGGUCCUCAAGCUGGUGGAAUAAGACGGCCCAGGUCGCCAUAGACUGUCGUAGACCUUAACAAUUGAUAUUUUAUCUAAAUACAAAACACGAACUGACGGAUAAAGGACAUUCUUAAAAUUGAAUCUAAAAACAAGGUGAACGCCACACAAUGUUCUUUUCUUUUUACACGCCAGCGUUACGCAGAUCGGUCGUCCGGCAACCGCCGCUCUGGACCGGGCAUGGUGCUGCUCAAACAUCUCACCGAAACGAUGCGAUGCGCUCAGAGUGUGGAUCAUCGCGGUCGUAUUUAUAGACAUUUAAUUGCUGCUAAUUAUAUUAUUUAUAUGGUGUUAUGGUUUAUUUCAUUUUAUGUACAUUACAUAACUUUCCUACACAACAAGCUGACUCUGGAUUUAGUCGCGUGGUGCAGCGCCCUCUUUGUUUCAUCGGGUUAAGUUCACGCUUCCCCCUCGAAAUCGAUGUUGUGUGGUGUUUCGCGCAUCAUAUCGUCACACGUUAGGCCGUUCUUUUCCCUUAAUGGAUCAGCAAUGAUAUUGAAUCGACGGGCUGCGAAGAGAUGAAGGUAUUUUGCCUUUAGGAUAUUAAAACUUAAUAUUUAUUACGUUUAGUUUUUCAUAGGUUACAAUUUUUAUACGUGUAAUUUUACGUUUGUUGCUCAAAUACCGUUGGAAUCGGCCUAUUUUUCGCGUCGGGUUGUUGGCUGGCCCACUUCUGAUGUCCAAACCUAACCUCACUCCAUCGACGUUUUCAGGUUAAAACAAAUGCUAGUGCAGUCGAUUCCCACACUCUGUUACAUCGAUAAAGUGAGGUCGGGUGGAAUUCUGCUUUGAGUUUGGGCAAAUAUUAGGUACGAAGGUGAGAAAUUUUAGAGAACGGAAAUACUGGGGGCUGGAUUGAUCGAUUAAGGGUUUUAGUUAGCGACCGGUAAUUAGUUUUUUUAAAAAAACCUGUACAUCUGUAAAAUAAUGUAUGGAAUUAAAGUGGUGCUAAUGUAAUUAUCUCGUUAAUUGAAUAAAUGUGACAGCCUGUGUUCCCCACCUCCCGCCGUUUAAAAAAAUACCUUCAGGCUCUUUUAACUGUUUACCGAACCCAUUCGUAAGAGAUAAUAAUAAUUGUAUAUGCCUUCACAGCCAUCUUUUCCGGUAACGAUCAUGAAACAGACGAGGAUAAAUAUUGCUGUAGCUUUUUCGACAAGUUCAGAUGUAAAUAAAAAGAGUUUAUAUUCGUUACGUGUCGUAACGAAGUCUUAAUGAAAUUAUAUUUAGCUUGAUUUUGUUAUUAAGUUCUGUUUUCUUUUCCUUUUAUUAUUAUAAGUAACCAAAAAAUGUUGCUAUCAAUUUUAUAUAUUCAAUAAAAUGUAAAAUUAUC